AUGAAGAAGGGAUUUUUACUGAAUAAAAAUGUGUAUGAUAUUGAUGAAAAAGUAACAAAAUGUAAAGAAAAUAAUGGCGAUGGAAAAUACUGUAAAGAUGAUUUUGAAAUAUACAUGCACAUUGGAAGUGGAAACUUUAGUGACGUUUUCAUGGUGAAAUUGAAAAAUGACCCAUCAAAGAUAUAUUCUCUUAAAAUAUUCAGCAAAGAAAAGGUUAAUAGAAUGAAUAAGGUAAAUUCUGUGUUAACGGAAAAACAGGUCAUAAUGAAAUUAAAUACCCCAGGGCAUUCAAAUGUUAUUAAGUUAAUUAGUACAUUUAAAGAUAAAGAAAAUGUCUAUUUAUUAUAUGAAUAUGCUGAUUAUGAAUUAUGGGAGUUUUUAAAAACUCGAAGUAUUGGUAUUUCUGAAAACAUAACAUUUAAUAUAAUACUUCAAAUGGUUCAUGCAUUAGCAUAUAUACACAACAAAAAUGUGAUUCAUAGAGAUGUAAAAUGUGAAAAUUUUCUUAUAAACAAGGAUGGAACAAUAAAAUUAAUUGAUUUUGGUACAUCUAAAGAUUUAGAUUACAUUCCCAUGGAAAACAAUGUAAAUAAAUGCACAAUAAAAGGUGAUGAGCUAAGUAAGUUUUCAUUAAAAAAAAAAAAUAACAUAAAUAAAAACUUGAAAAAUGAGUCAGAAGAAAACACUGAUAUACUAAAGGAUGAUGAAUCUAAUAAUUGUGUAUUAGAUAAUGAUAAUAAUGAAGAGCUAGAUAAAAUAUCAAAUGAUGAUAUUUCAAAAAAAUCUGAACUUAAAGAACCUCAAUAUAAUGAAAGCUUUAAAUGUGAUAAUAAAAGUACUACAAAAUGUAACAACGAUGAUUUAAAUAAUUUAUGCGAUGCCAUGGAUUCAAUAAACAUAAAUAAGCGCAGUUACAGAAGAAAAAAAACAUUUGAUAACUAUGUUGGAACUCCAAACUUUAUCCCACCAGAAGCCUUAGUCAAUAAAUGUAGCGGCAAAGUUCGUGAUUUUUGGAGCCUUGGGUGUACCAUCUAUCAAUUAGUAACAUGCACAAUUCCAUUUGAUGGCUCAACAGAAUGGUUCAUAUAUAAUAAAAUAAAAAAAAGAGAAAUAAAAUACCCUCCUAUAAUACCAUUGGACCUCGUCGAUUUAAUAGAAAAAUUAAUAGUUAUUAAUCCUGAAUCCAGGUUAGGGUUUAAAAAUGGCUGUGAAGAUAUUUUACAACAUUCAUAUUUCCAAAAGCGCAUCAAUAAUUUGGUUAAUUUUAAGUUACCAGAAAUUUCAGAGGCAGAGAAAAUGUAUACAUACGUAAUAAAUAAGUAUCAUAAAUAUAUAAGUGAAAAAAGGGAAUUAAGACAAAAUGAUGACUCAAACGAAGAAAACAAUAAAAAAAUUGCAGAAAUGCAAAAAAGUUUAUUAAAUCAAAUUAAAAUAUAUACAAUACCUGACAACGAAGAAAACGAAUCAUUAAUUUUAAAGAAUAAAAUACACAAAACAAUUCACUUCUUUCUUGACGAAUUUCAUAAACAGGAAAAAAGCGAAAUAGAAGAAGCAGAUAAAUGGCUAAAGAGAUAUGCCAAUCUAUAG